AGCACAGCCAUUCGGUUUCUAGAUAAUGAUAUUUCGGCAUUUGGUCGCGGCAUCCGGGAUUUAGAUUAAACAUAUCUCACUUUUAUUACUGGUAUGCCUGCCACUUGAAACUUCAGUCACUUAGCAUUCUCGAUAUCCAACUCGAGCUAGAGACAAUCUUCUUCGACCACAUUCAGUCUCAGCACGAUUAAAAUAGCUCUAAUCCAGUGGUGCCGAACAUAUGGGGGACAAUGGUUGACGAACCCUACCAUCGGGUAGCUACCGUGGUUCGCUCGGAUAAAGGCUUCCAGUUCAAGAUCAACUCAGUUCCCAUCCCCAAACUCCAGCCAUGGGAAGUUCUCGUCAAACUAUCUGCUACCGGUGUCUGCGGCACUGAUAUGGCCCUUGCAGGUGGUUACCUCGGUCCAUGCCGUGAGGUUCUUGGCCACGAGGGCGUGGGCCGCAUUGUGCAAGUUGGCUCUGGAAUAGAUCCUAGUUCUGUCAAGAUUGGAGACCGAGUUGGCAUUGCUUGGGUAAGAGACGUCUGUGGUCGAUGUAACUGCUGUCGUGAGCCCGGCGGCGAGGUUCGCUGUUUAGAGCAGCAGAAUUCAGGACGAAAGUGGGAUGGAACAUUUGCUGAACACUGCAUUGUACCAAGUCGUUAUGUCCUCACAAUUCCGGACUCGGAUGAACUCCCGGAUGAGCUGGUUGCACCGACAUUGUGCGGCGGCGUUACUGCAUACAAAGCACUCAAGGCUUGUGGAGCGACACCAGGAGAAUGGGUUGCUAUAGUCGGAGCUGGUGGUGGUGUUGGUGGUUUGGGGGUUCAGUAUGCGAAAGCCAUGGGAUUCCGUGUUGCUGCUGUUGAUAUUGGACCUGCAAGAGAGUCUUGUAUCAAGAUGGGAGCGGAUGCAUACUUUGAUGGAGCAUCGCCUGAUACACCGGCGGAACUGAGGAAGCUUACUCCCAAUGAAGCUGGAGCCAAGGCCGUUAUCGUCACCGCAGGGUCAGGUCGAGCUUAUCAAAACGCUAUUGAUCUAGUUGCAGUAUUUGGCACUCUGGUCUGCGUUGGUAUUCCCCCACCAGAUCAAGCCAUGAACCUGCAUCCACUUACUCUCAUUGACCGUGGCAUCAAUCUGUUGGGAACGUUGGUGGGAACACGAACGGAAACACUGGAAGCUCUCGAGUUCGUACGGAGGGGCGUGGUAAAGCCUAUAGUGGAGUCAGUGGGCUUCGAUGAGCUGGACGAUUUGGUCAAUCGGUUCUCCAAGACGUCGGGAAAACUGGUCAUUCAAUUCACAUCAUAGUGUUCUGUUCUUGGCUGAUAUGCAGUUCCGCGGUGACCAUACAAGUGGAGUACAAGUAUUAUUAGAGGAUACAGUAGAUAGUGCAAUACGAGCCAAAUUCAUCCAAAC